AUGGCUUCUGCGUCUACCUCUCCUCUUGGGAUGUCUCAUGCUCACUCCAAAUUUGUGCACUACACAGUCAUCAUCAUCAGCCAGAUUUUUAUACUGGCAUUUGGAUACGGAUUCCUUGGUGCGGUUGCUUACUACGAGUACCUUGCUCCAUCCGAUACAGUCUGCGAGUUAAUGAGGAGCCAUCCUGGAGAGGUUACAAUGCUAGUCACGUUGAUAGCAACUGUGCUAUCAGUCAUCACCGCUACUCUUUUCACGCUUUCGGUCAAAGAGGCGCUAAGACAUCGAAUAUGCCAGCCCAUUUCUCUAAUUCACCUGAGCGCUGGUGUCGCUUUAGCCCAGGGCUCACAUCUUCUGAACCACCGACACAUGAAAUUGACAGUCAUAACGCUGUUCAUAUUUGGGGUGCUGAAGCUCUUAACGGCCGGGUGGACAACUCUCUUAACACCGACCUACUUCAUGUGGCCAGUACAGUUGAAUGGGUCCGAAAUUGACAUAACGGGAAGCGCGUUUGCUGCCUUACUCCGAGAAGAAUACCUGGCAAAUGGUCUCAUCCAGGACAAUGCCUUCGAAGUUCUCGAUAUCGGUGGAAUGCUCAGUGGAGUUGCUGCUGCGGGGUUUACUUUUGGUCUUCCUGGAACAUUCAACUUUAAUGGUGCAAAAUACAACAUAUCCACUCAGGGGAUCGUGCCUACCAUUGAAUCGUUUUCUGGCUCGGAUGGAAUUCCGGAUGCUAAUGGCACUCGUCUCGGGUUCUCUGGUGGAAAUGUCACAGUCAACACAGGAGUCGUACCUGGAUCACACUCCAACGUGCCUAUUCCUCAAGGUUUCAGCACGAACUAUUCGAUGUGGCAACAAGGGUUAACAGCGAAUGUCAGCUGCUGGGCCAUUGACUCGAGUCAAACGCAGUACCUUUGGGACACGAACAACUCUUACAUCAUCUAUGCUAACGCAGCUGCUUCGAGUGACUACUCCAUUACCAGUCUCCGCUUGUGGAAUAUCAGUGCAAACUGUGGUACCAAUACGCCGACAGCAUACGAAUAUGUGACCAUGGUGGAUGCAAAUGGAAAUAUGAGCUCAUCAGGGAGUGGCUUUCUUCCAUCUGUCGUGUGCCUAGGACCAAUAGAUGUGAACCAAACUUAUACAAGCUUCACCAUUUUUACACAAGGGUUUUACAAGUACAAUUUCCUCAAAGCAAGCGUAUGCAAAGUGGUUCCCCUGUUGACCACAGUCCGCGCUGAUUAUUCUAAUGAACAAAUUUCUUCCGAGGUCAUCUCAUCCGCUCCUUUCCAGCCAGAGAACGCCGAGCUGCUGUCAUUUAUCGCUGGAGUUGCUAGGUAUCAAUCGAUCAACUCGCAGGGACUUACGAGCAGCACAAUUGGGGAUACCUUGUACUCCAUCUAUUCCUCGACCACUACCGAAUAUGUCAACAACAAUCUCAAUGACACACAGGUUUAUCUUGAGCUCGAGGAUUACUGGCGUGGUGUUGUCGAGUUUUCUGCCACGUUCCUUCGCUCCGGGUUUAUGGCUGUAGGCAGCUUCCCCAAUAAUGUCAUCCCGAACAACAUUUCUUCCCAAGUCAAUGGGACCAUGUUCAUAUCGACGAUAGGCUGGAUUCGCUGGGCUAAGAACUCGCCGACAUAUUUGCUCGCCACGAUGCCGCUCACCAUCAUUACCAUCCUCACUUUUGCCUGCGCAUUGUACAGCCUUCUGGAGGCUUGGGAAGAGCAUCGAUCUCACAGCCACAAGGCCCACUUCAAUGUGGCAAACACGAUUCAUCUUAUUAUGCUAUGCGCUGCUGGGAGUCUGAAACUCGAAAAUUUCCACGAUAGGAAUGGGAUCAAGAGAAAUGAGGUUGUGAGGGUUCACUUGGAGGAGUUCGGCUCUCCCCGGCUCUCAAACUCAAGUUAGAACGAAGUUUGUGGGAGAAGUGAAACGGGGGAUGGUGCAUGAUUUUCAGCCAUAUCACAUUAUGGUAGAGGUCUGUUCUCAGUUGUAUGUAUAUCCAACUUGGUCUUGUUUGACAUUUGUAGGGCACGAUGUCGAACUAAUAUAGAGCGGUAAAUGUGAUUACUUUGGGUUUUGGUGACAGAAUGGAUGUAAUAUGGGAGUGGACGAAGUCUUUA